GCCUUGCUCGGUGUUUUGUGAUGUUCGUGAAGCUUAAAUUAAAGUGAAACCACGAUCUGGACACGCGAAGGUCACGAACACUGGUGAGAAACUGAAGUGGUUCAUGUCAUAUAAUAUAGUAACUUAGGCACAUGUGGAUUUGUAAAUGCACGUGUUAAACUCGCUCCGUGCUGAAGUGUGAGCUCAUCACAUGCUCCUCAGAGCUCUGUUCUGUUGAUGCUUUUGCUCAGGAUGAUCCGGUGGAGUUUCACUUUGGGACUAUUAGGAUCUGGAUCAUCUUAAGACAUACUGAAGCGAGAUGCUCCGUCUGGUGUCUCCUCAGAGGAGGGGGCGGCGAUGCCUUUCAGCUGCUCUGCGGAGGCAAAGGUGCUCAGCUGCAGAUGAACCCAAAGUGCAGGAACGCUCCACUCAGACCCGUAUGAACCCCCUCAAUAUCCAGAUGCUCUCCAAGAACCUGCAUGAACAGAUUUUUCGCUCCUCAACACUAGAGUACUCCAGCCAGGACAUAGAGAGAAGCACCAGACAUUUGGAGAAGCAUAAACUUUGGGGAAAGGAGGUGUCGCUGUUGAGUGAUGUGGAACUGAAGUUACCAAACAUGUAUGGCAAAAACAUUAAUGACCACUUUUGUAAACUUGCACAAACGCAAAAUCUACCUUAUUUGAAGGCAGCAAGGCAGCUCCAGCAAGCACAGCUCCCUGAUAUGCCCCCGCACUGGGCUUGGGAAGUGGGUUGGGUGAGAUAUUCGCCGAAUGGAGAACAUACAAAGGUGGAUUUUCCAGAUGAGAAUGCUCUGGUGUUUGAUGUGGAAGUCUGCAUGGCUGAGGGCCACUGUCCCACGCUGGCGGUGGCUGUUUCUCCAACUGCUUGGUACUCGUGGUGCAGUAAAAGACUGAUUGAGGAGAGGUACAGCUGGUCGAGUCAGUUGACACUAGCAGAUCUAAUUCCUCUAGAGACUGCAGCCAACUCCAGUAGGCCUCCAGGUGGACGCUGGCAGGAGAGACUCAUAGUGGGGCACAAUGUCACCUUUGACCGGGCACACAUUAAAGAGCAGUAUCUCUUAAAGGGCUCCAAGAUGCGUUUCCUGGAUACAAUGAGCCUCCAUAUGGCUAUCUCAGGACUGACAGGUUUUCAGCGAACUCUCUGGAUGGCCAGUCGGCAUGGCAAGAAACAAAGGCUGCAUGAAGUCAAGCAGCACAUGAAGAAGCUUGGACGCCGUCCUGAGGGCCCAGCGAUCGGAUCUUGGGACUGGGUCAACAUAAGCAGUAUAAAUAACCUAGCUGAUGUCCAUGCUCUCUAUGUUGGAGGGGAUCCUCUGGAAAAAGAGGCCAGGAAUAUUUUUGUGAAGGGCAGCAUGAGUGACAUUCGGAGCAAUUUCCAGGAGCUGAUGCAGUAUUGUUCAAUGGAUGUAUUGGCUACUCACGAGGUGUUCAUCCAACAGUUGUCCCUCUUUAUGGAAAGGUGUCCUCAUCCAGUGACUUUUGCAGGAAUGUUGGAGAUGGGUGUUUGCUACUUGCCUGUCAAUCAGAACUGGGACCGGUACUUGGAGGAUGCCCAGGACACAUAUGAGGAACUUCAAAGAGAGAUGAAAAAAUCUCUGAUGAUUCUUGCAGAUGAUGCCUGUCAGUUACUGCAGGAUGAAAGGUACAAGGAGGACCCUUGGCUUUGGGACUUAGAGUGGGAUGUUCAGGAGUUUAAACAGAAGAAAAUGCCUGCGAGCAAGAAAAAGAAAGCAAUGCAGGAGGCUGAAAAAGCAGCAGCGGAAUCUGCAUCUGGCAGCCUGGAGAAAGACUGGGAUGAGGAUCCAGGACCUCCAGAGGAAGAGGAAGGGAUGAAGGACCCCAGCACAGAGCUUGUGGAGCGGCUAAAGGGUACGGUGAGCUGCCUGCCUAAGAGGAGACAGCACAUGCCUGCACACCCAGGCUGGUACAGGAAGCUGUGUGUGAGGAUGUCGGAGGACUGGUCUCCUGGAGCCACGCUGAUCAGCCUGCAGAUGAGAGUGACGCCCAAGCUGAUGGGUCUGACAUGGGAUGGUUUUCCUCUGCAUUACACAGAGAAACAUGGCUGGGGCUACCUUGUCCCAGGACGCAGAGACAACUUGGAGAUGACAGAGGAUAUGGAAGGGCCUGUAUGUCCAUACAGGGCAAUUGAGAACAUCUACAAAGAAUAUUGUGAACAGAAAGGGAAGGAACAGCCACAGUGUCUGGACAGGCUGCCCUCGGAUGACCUUAUGCUGACUGACAGCAGUGUGUGGCAAACAGUAGAGGAGUUGAGUAGGCUAGAGGUUGUGUCUGAAGAUGAGACAGUCUCGGUGCCACAGACAGUGAGAGCCAAAAAGACCAAGAGUAUGGAAUCAGCUGAUGAGUGUCCCCAUCACCAUGGUAAUGGACCAUACAAUGAUGUCAGCAUCCCUGGAUGUUGGUUCUUCAAGCUACCUCAUAAGGAUGGGAAUGAGAAUAACGUAGGCAGCCCCUUCUCAAAAGAUUUUUUGUCUAAAAUGGAGGAUGGAACCCUUCAGGCAGGCAGAGGAGGAACCAAUGCAGCACGUGCACUGGAAAUCAACAAAAUGAUCUCAUUUUGGAGAAACGCCCACAAACGCAUCAGUUCUCAGAUGGUCGUCUGGCUACGGAGGGGAGAACUUCCUCGGACUGUUAUCAGACAUGAUGAUUACGAUGAUGAGGGGCAAUAUGGCGCUAUUCUACCGCAAGUUAUUACUGCUGGGACAGUUACUCGCAGAGCUGUUGAGCCGACAUGGCUUACUGCCAGUAAUGCAAGGCGGGAUCGUGUAGGCAGUGAACUGAAAGCUAUGGUGCAGGUCCCCCCUGGUUAUCAUCUAGUGGGGUCAGAUGUUGAUUCGCAGGAAUUGUGGAUUGCAGCUAUGCUAGGAGAGUCUCACUUUGCUGGCAUGCACGGUUGCACAGCGUUUGGGUGGAUGACCUUGCAGGGGAAGAAGAGUCAAGGCACAGACCUGCAUAGCCGCACUGCAGAUGCUGUUGGAAUCAGCCGAGAACACGCUAAAAUCUUCAACUAUGGUCGCAUCUACGGUGCUGGCCAGCCGUUUGCUCAGCGCCUGCUCAUGCAGUUUAACCAUAGACUCAGCCAAGCUGAGGCAGCCAGCAAAGCUCGCCAGAUGUAUGCCCUUACUAAAGGACUGCGCAGGUAUUAUCUCUCAGAGGAGGGGGAAUGGUUCAUUAAAGAACUAGGCAUGGAUGUGCAGAGGGAUGAAGAUGGGACUGUGUCCAGAGAGGAGUUACGCCGGAUUUCAAAACUGCUGGGCCAAAGGUCUCGGAAUAAGAAGAAAUGGGAUAUGUGUGGACGCCGUGUGUGGACUGGAGGUACUGAAUCCGAGAUGUUUAACAAGCUGGAGAGCAUUGCUCACUCAAAGCAGCCAGCCACUCCUGUGCUAGGCUGCAGAAUCUCCCGAGCCCUGGAACCAGCUGCUGUCAGAGAAGAGUUCAUUACCAGCAGGGUGAACUGGGUGGUACAGAGUUCAGCAGUGGACUAUCUUCACCUGAUGCUGGUGGCCAUGAAGUGGCUGAUGGAGGAGUAUGACAUAGAUGGGCGCUUUUGUAUCAGCAUUCAUGAUGAAGUGCGCUACCUAGUAAAGAGCGAGGACCGUUAUAGAGCAGCACUUGCGCUACAAAUCACCAACCUACUUACCCGAUGUAUGUUUGCCUAUAAGCUGGGCAUGAAUGAUCUCCCGCAGUCUGUGGCUUUCUUCAGUGCUGUAGAUAUUGACCAAUGCUUACGGAAAGAGGUCAAUGUGGACUGUGUAACGCCAUCUAAUCCUACCGGACUAGAGCGCCGAUUUGGACUAGUCCAAGGUGAAGCCUUGGAUAUCUAUCAGAUUAUUGAGAUUACUAAAGGGUCUUUGACCAAAGGAAGAUAAGUCUAAUCUCUCCAGUAAUAAAGAAGGAGAAAGCACUGGAAAAGGCCAACAGAUACAGUUUGGUGACUGAGGGUCCAAAGAAAAAUCCAAAAUUCCUUCUUUCACUGCUUUCUUCUCCUCUUCUUGGGAGCCUCACUCUCCUCAGAAGCUUGAGAGUCAGUCUAAGAAAAGAGAAGUUGUAUCAGGCCGUUAUAUACCAAAAGUAAAUGUUCUUUCUGGUGCGAGUGCGUUUUGAAAUUAUUUCAAAACUCUUACAGGAAGAGUGUUACAGUAUCCUUCACAAGGGUUUAUUUUGUUAUUUAUAGACACUGAGUCCGUUCUGUAGAACAAACAUGGACUUGUGUGUUCAGAAAUGUCUUUUGAUAUCUGCAGGAGUGGGUUUUUUUUAUGGUUCUGUGUUAAGAUUGGGUUUAAGGCAUCUGUAAUAUGUGCAUUAUCUUAAAUUUGGGUUAGCUAACUGAACGCCAUGGAUGGUUCCACACUCCCACUUUUUAUGACCACGUUGUAAUAUCAUUUAACAAUACUGUCCAUAUAGCUUCUACAUAAUAUGCCUAACGAUUUGGAAAUAUAAACGAGCAUAAGCAAACGAACCUGCUGGUUUUCUUGCUGCUGGUGCUCUUGUAGUGCAGCCUCCAGCGUGGCAGUAUUGAUCCGAAAGUCUCGAGAAGUGCUCAGCUUCAUGUACUGCAUCAGAUUUACCUGAAGUACCAUCAUGUUAUUAAAGCAUUACUGAGUAAAGUUUGGUAUGUUUUAUUUUCAAUAUCCCUGUUCUGCUUUUACAGUUACUUAUUUACUAAAAA